AUGGCUUUAGAACAUUCGAUUAUAAAUACUCAUAUUAAUGCUGUUAUAUCUGGCAAAUAUGAAAAUAUAAAUAUCACUGAUAAUAGUGAAGAAACACGACAAGAAAUCGCAAAUAUAAUAAUGAACCAUACUCAAGCAAAUAUUAAUACCCAAACACUGUAUAUUCUUGAAGAAAGAGAAGGAUAUCGCAAGUUUAUUCUUCCCCUUGAUGUGUAUAAGAAUUGGAUAAAAGAAGAAGAAUCAUCCAAAAAAUUCAAUUUUAUAAAACCCCAUGGAACGUACAAGAAUCAUGUGUCUAGUUCUUGGACUGAACAUUAUAUUUGUUCAUGUGCAGAUGCCAAGCAAGAACGUAAUGACUAUAUAGAAGGAGGGCAUAUACAAAAAAAAUGGUGUACUCAAAAAGCAUCUAAAAAA